AUGGCAACCUCAUCCAAUACGCUCUCCAGGGAGCUGCAAUCCUUCACUAGCAUGGACAAAGAUAUGGAAGCAAUCGGUGCACACUGUCAAUACACCCAUUGCAAUCAACUUGACUUCCUUCCCUUCCGCUGCGAAUCCUGCGAGGGCACUUAUUGUCUCGACCAUCGUACCGAGUCGGGCCAUGAGUGCCCCAAGGCUGGCGCUUGGGCGGCCCAAAAACGGCAAAAUACACCAGGACUCAGGUCAGAAACCCACCGCGAAGGCAAACCGACGCUGAUGACAGGAACCCAAUGUUGGGAUCCUUUGUGUAAGACUUAUAUCAAUACGUUGACCUCUGUCGGAGUUUCGUGCCCGAAUUGCAACAGGCAGUACUGCCUAAAACAUCGGUUGCGGGAGGACCACAAUUGCGCAAAACUCGUUCCUAUCGGAGCCAGACCAGCUCAAGCACCCAGUCAAGCGGACAAAGCAAAAGCGGCACUCGGUAGAUUGAAGCUUUGGAGUAAAGAGAAACAGUCCUCUAUGCUACCAAAGCCAAAGCCUUCCUCUGCUGCCACACGACUGGUUACUGUGAACAAACUGAAGCAGAAUGCCAAAGGAGAUGACAAAGUGUCAGUAGAAAAUCGAGUUUAUCUCUAUGUGGAGGCCGAGGCAAGCACAACGACCAGUAAAUUGCCCAAAGGAGAUUACUAUUACAGCAAGGACUGGAGCGUGGGCAGAUUAUUGGAUGCGGCCGCCAAAUCGCUCCAGGUAGCCAAUCUGAAUAACCGUGUUGAAGGAGAAGAGGAAAGACUGCGUGUGUUUCAUGUGGAAGCGGGGAGACUGCUGGGAUUCAGUGAGAAAGUGGGUGAUGUUUGCGUGACAGGGAAUACUGUCGUACUCUUGCGAGGAGUUGGCCUUGGGGCCUGA